AUGUCAAACAAGAUUGAUCUUAAUAGUUUACCACCACAACAGUUAAUUGAAUUCCGAAAGAAUAUUGAUUCUGAAAUACAACAUUUCACUCAAUCUUUACAAGCUUUACAAACUGCACAACUGAAAUUAAAAGAUUGUAUAAGUACAAUAGACAAUGUUGAAAAUUCAAAACAAGAGAAUUUAUUAGUUCCAUUGACUUCUUCAUUAUAUAUCCCUGGUAAAAUAUUGAAAAGAAAUGAGUAUUUAGUUGAUAUAGGUACUGGUUAUUAUGUUGAGAAAUCUGCAAAAGAUUCUAAGGUGGUUUACGAUAAGAAGAUUAAAAAAUUAGAUGUUGAUUCAAAGAAAUUAAAAGAUAUAUUGAUUCAAAAGAAUGAGUUGUUGAAUGGUAUAAAUUUAAUAUUGAGAAGAAAAGUACUAGAAAUGGAAAAAGAACAGGAGCAGCAAAGUGGUGAUACUAAAUAG